AUGGACCCCAAGUGCUCCUGCCCCACUGGCGGCUCCUGCGGCUGCGCUGGCUCCUGCACCUGCAAAGCCUGCAGAUGCACCUCCUGCAAGAAGAGCUGCUGCUCCUGCUGCCCCGUGGGCUGCGCCAAGUGUGCCCAGGGCUGCGUCUGCAAAGGGGCCUCGGACAAGUGCAGCUGCUGUGCCUGAUGUCGCGGAGAGCCUGCCCCGGG